AUGGGGCGGCAAAGCCAAACAAGAUUGCCAGUGUACAAAGGACUUCAAUACCGAGUAGCAAAGAGAGCUCAAGCUUACACAAGGCCUAUCAGCAGACCUCUUAUUCAGCGAGCAGUCAAAGAUAUAAGUCAGAGAGCUUUCGAUCCAGAUAAGGACUGUAUUAUCUGCAGGGCAGUGGCUCGAAACCAGCGAAAGCCACAUCGGAAACACGAUCCUCGUUGCGAAAGCAACACUAAAACUCGUGGACAUUCUGCUACAGAAGUGGCAAGUAAUCGAUAUUCGGCGUACCUCAAGAGACACUUCUCUGCUAGAAUGACAGAUCCUGGCAAGGAAAAACAGCUGACGGGCGGAACCACUCCAGGGGUUGAUCAGUAUUUGGUAAGAACGGUGAAGAAGUACCAGAGACUUGACACAGGAAAGGUCCCUGUGAUGGAAACUGAUUCAGCAGUUGCAAAUAAGAUGCUUGCGCCGACAAGUUCUCUUCAGGAAGUGGCCAUUUUUUUGGAGAAGAGCAUUGCAACAAGACUGAAACAAGCGCCACCAAACAAGACAGUCCCACCUGCAAUGUUGGCCUUGGCAGCCGAGAUUAUGGAUCAAGUUCGGCACAAGAAACCAAAGCGCAUUGCCGAGUCUGCGUCGCCACCACAGGGUCAAUCAUUCAAGCAAGCAAAAGCUAGAUUCGAUGCAAUUUUUGGGUUGAACAACAUCGUAUAUACGGUUCCAUAUGUGAUGGACUCAAGACGUUUGAUCGACCCACAUUUCCAUUCCCUUGCCGGGUCCAAAUUCAUCUACAUGGACUUUGAAGUUGCUUUUCCAAACUUGGAACUAGCGACGGUUUCUUGCGACCCUUCCAGCAUUCAUCCGCAACCAAUACCCUGUUGA